ACGUCAUGGGGUGCUCUUCUGGUAAAAAAUCAGCAGUAUGACUCAGCUAUUAAGCAUUUCCGCAAUAAGCCACAACCAAGUACUAUCCAUCGAAUAGUGCAUGACCAUUUUGAAACAGAUUUGGCCGUGAAGAAAAACUGUAGUGCCACAUUUCGAUCACCAAAUCACCUUCAUUGCCGUUACAAUAGCUCCACAUCACCUUUCCUGCAUAUUGCACCACUUAAGAUGGAGGAGUUGAGCACCGAUCCCUACAUGGUGGUCUACCACGAUGUGAUCUACGAGAACGAGAUAAAUUUGUUGCUGAACUAUAGCGAUUUCAGAACUUCCCUGGUGGGCGAAGGUCAGGUCUCAUCAAUAAGAGCGUCUCAGGACAUGCCCCUAAACGCGGAUUCUGGAGAGUUAAUAAAAAACAUUGAAAAUCGGAUAAGAGAUAUGUCAGGGCUGAUUGUGGAAAAGUCGGAUGACUUUGUGCUAAUAAAUUAUGGAAUAGGAGGAACAUAUGCGCCACACUUCGAUUUUUACGGCUAUUCGGAACCGGUUCGACUGAACAGGGGCGAUCGUAUUCUAACAGUUCUAUUCUAUCUGGGUGAUGUGGAACUGGGUGGAUCAACAAUCUUUCCGCAUCUGAAUAUAUCCAUAACCCCCAAGAAAGGAUCGGCGGUCAUGUGGUAUAACCUUCACAACUCCGGCGACACCCACGAAAAAACAGAGCACUCUGCCUGUCCGGUGAUAGUUGGUGCCAAAUACGUGCUUUCCAAGUGGAUAAACGAGCUGCAGCAAGCAUUCAUCACUCCUUGCAUGAAGGAUUCCAACAUUCACAGUUAAUGAGAACAUUUUUCCCCCCAGUUAAAACCUUACAAACUUAUCAGUAUGACAAUCUAUUCAAAAGUAUAGAAAUAAAGCGGAUUCAUUUAAUAUCA